GUUACAUUCCAUCUCCAAAAGUGCAACCAUGCCCGAACUUACAGAAGUGGAACACGUCCGCAGAAUAGUCCACAAGACACUUUUGGGGAUAAAAAUAGCAAGUGUUAGCGCAAAAGAAGACUCUAUUGUUUUUCCAGGAGUUGAGGGCGGCGAAAUCGAAAGCAAACUCACUGGACGUAGCAUUGUUGACACCAAACGAUGGGGAAAGUAUUACGUGUUGAUAAUGGACAAAGGUCCCAACAUAGUUGGUCACCUGGGAAUGACUGGCUGGAUUGAGAUAACCCACAAGAAGCCUAUUGAUGGCAAAGAAAAAGAAAUGGCAUGCGAAUGCCGUAUGUGUCUUAGAAAGGAUCCAAAGCACGUUUGGCCACCAAGAUUUUGGAAGUUGCAACUUACGUUUGAAACGCCCGAUAGUCAUAUCACACUGGCGUACGACGAUGCUAGGCGUCUUGGUCGUAUUCGACUUGUUGACGGCGACCCAAUGAAGGAACUUCCUAUAUCGAAAUUAGGAUUUGACCCUUUACACAACCUUCCAGAAUUGCCAGAGUUCACACAAAUGGUUCAGCGGCGGGCUGUUCCUAUCAAGGCGCUCUUACUUGAUCAAAGUUUCUCGGCUGGUGUGGGAAACUGGGUUGCUGAUGAAGUUCUUUGGCACGCAAAAAUACAUCCUGGACACUAUACCAACGUUUUGACGGAUGAAGAAUGCGAGGCAAUUCAUGAAAAACUAAGCUAUGUUUGUCGCGUUGCAGCUGAAGUUGAUGCUGACUCCAGCAAGUUUCCCGACAACUGGUUGUUCCUUCACAGAUGGGGUAAAGGCAAGGUUUGGCGGAAGGACCAGUGCUUUUAUUGCGGCGAUCCAAAAACUACCUAAAAAAUCGGCUUCAGAAAAGGUGAAGGCUGUGAAAAAGAAGACAGUCGCUGUAAAGAAGGUAGUCAAGGACGAUGAUGAUACUGAAAACCAGAAGGUGAAGUUCGUGAAAAAGAAGACGGUCGCUGUAAAGAAGGUGGUCAAAGACGAGGAUGAUACUGAAGACCAGAAAAAUACGAAUGUUCGAAGAAGCGGUCGAAAGAAAGUCAAGGUUGAAGAACAAGUUGUAGAAGAGAAGAAUGUGGAAGUAUCCAAA